UUGGUUUUGUGAGAACUGAGAAUAUUGAGAUAGCUGAGGUUAGGAGCUUCAGCAUUCCAGUUCCCUUUGUUGAAAGAAGUGGUAACAAGGAGGACUUUGCACAAUGUCUAGCUCUGUGAAAACUUUGGAUCCGGCAUUUCAGGGUGCAGGUCAAAGAGUAGGGACUGAAAUUUGGAGAAUUGAGGAUUUCCAACCAGUUCCUUUGCCAAAAUCUGAUUAUGGUAAAUUUUACUCCGGAGAUUCAUACAUCAUCUUGCAGACAACUUCAGGAAAGGGUGGUGCUUAUUUGUAUGAUAUACAUUUCUGGCUUGGAAAGGAUACUAGUCAGGAUGAAGCUGGAACUGCAGCUAUCAAAACAGUGGAACUUGAUGUGGUCCUUGGAGGGCGAGCAGUACAGUAUCGAGAAGUCCAAGGUCACGAAACUGACAAAUUUUUGUCAUACUUUAAACCAUGUAUUAUACCUCUGGAGGGUGGUGUUGCAUCUGGGUUCAAGAAACCAGAGGAGGAAGAAUUUGAAACAAGGCUGUAUAUUUGCAAGGGUAAACGAGUAGUAAGGAUGAAGCAGGUUCCAUUCUCCCGGUCCUCUCUAAAUCAUGAUGAUGUGUUCAUUCUGGACACUAAAGACAAGAUAUAUCAAUUCAAUGGUGCAAACUCCAAUAUCCAAGAAAGGGCCAAAUCAUUGGAAGUUAUUCAGUUUUUGAAGGAAAAAUAUCAUGAGGGGACAUGUGAUGUUGCAAUUGUUGAUGAUGGAAAUUUGCAAGCUGAGUCUGAUUCUGGAUCAUUCUGGGUUUUGUUUGGUGGAUUUGCUCCAAUUAGCAAAAAGGUUAUUACUGAAGAUGAUAUUGUUCCCGAGAAGACACCUCCUAAACUUAGCAGCAUCACUGAUGGUCAAGUCAGUCCUGUAGAUGGUGAACUUUCAAAGUCUAGCUUGGAAAACAAUAAAUGCUAUCUUUUGGAUUGCGGUGCUGAGGUGUUUGUUUGGAUUGGCCGUGUCACUCAAUUGGAGGAGAGGAAAGCUGCCAUUCAAACUGCAGAGGAAUAUCUUGUCUCUGAAAAUAGACCCAAGGCAACGCGUGUAACCCGGGUUAUUCAAGGUUAUGAAACCCAUUCAUUCAAGUCCAACUUUGACUCUUGGCCAUCAGGAUCUGCACCUGCCCCUGAAGAGGGAAGAGGAAAAGUAGCAGCUUUGCUGAAGCAGCAAGGUGCUGGCGUCAAAGGUGCCAGCAAAAGUGUUCCUGUAAUUGAGGAAGUGCCUCCGUUGCUUGAAGAGGGUGGAAAAUUAGAGGUAUGGUGCAUAAAUGGUAGUGCAAAGACACCUGUCCCAAAAGAAGAUAUUGGUAAAUUCUACAGUGGAGAUUGCUAUGUGGUUCUCUACAACUACCACUCUCAUGAAAGGAGAGACGAUUACUAUCUAUGUUGGUGGAUUGGAAAGGAUAGUAUUGAGGAGGACCAAAUCACAGCUGCUCGAUUGGCCAGCACAAUGUGCAAUUCACUAAAAGGAAGACCUGUGCUGGGUCGGGUGUUUCAAGGGAAAGAACCUCCACAGUUUGUUGCAAUCUUCCAGCCCAUGUUGGUCCUUAAGGGUGGUUUGAGCUCUGGCUACAAAAACUAUAUUGCUGACAAAGGCUUGAAUGAUGAAACCUAUACUGCUGAUUCAAUUGCACUUAUUCGGUUUUCUGGAACUUCUGUGCAUAAUAACAAAGCGGUUCAAGUGGAUGCUGUGCCAAGUUCACUGAACUCUAAUGAGUGUUUUCUUCUGCAAUCUGGCUCUUCAUUAUUCAGUUGGCAUGGUAACCAGAGUUCUUAUGAGCAGCAGCAAUUAGCAGCAAAGGUUGCAGAAUUCUUGAAGCCAGGAGCAACAGUGAAACACACUAAAGAAGGAACAGAGAGCUCCGCUUUCUGGUUUGCCCUUGGAGGAAAACAAAGUUAUACCAGCAAGAAAGUGGCUCCAGAAGUCUCCAGGGAUCCCCACUUGUUUGCUUAUUCAUUUAAUAAAGGAAAAUUUGAGGUUGAAGAAAUCUACAACUUUGCUCAAGAUGAUUUAUUGACCGAGGAUGUCUUACUACUCGACACACAUUCUGAAGUGUUUGUUUGGGUUGGUCAGUCAGCAGACUCUAAAGAAAAGCAGAGUGCUUUUGAAAUUGGACAGAAAUAUGUGGAGAUGGCUGCAUCUUUGGAAGGAUUAUCACCAAAUGUUCCACUCUAUAAAAUCACAGAAGGAAAUGAACCUUGCUUCUUUACAACAUUUUUCUCAUGGGAUCCUGCAAAAGCCAGUGCCCAUGGAAACUCAUUCCAGAAGAAGGUUAUGCUACUCUUUGGGGUUGGUCAUGCUUCAGAGAAUCAGCAAAGGUCAAAUGGGGCAGGUGGGCCAACCCAAAGGGCUUCAGCCUUAGCUGCUUUAAACUCGGCUUUCAGUUCCCCAUCUCCCCCAAAAUCUGGUUCUGCACCGAGGCCUGCUGGAGCAAGUCAGGCUUCUUCACAAAGAGCAGCUGCAAUAGCUGCAUUAUCUAACGUUCUUACAGCUGAGAAAAAGCAGUCGAGUGAGAGUGGUUCUCCUGUCCAAUCAAACAGAAGCUCACCUGUCCGAUCAAGCAGAAGCUCUCCUGUUCGAUCAGUAGACUCUGGCCCUGCUGCAGAAAGUGAUCUUUCUACUGCUGAGGUCCAAGAUUCCGAAAAAGUUUCAGAACCUAAGGAGAUUGUUGAGCCCGCUGAGACUAAUGGGUCAGAACCAGAGCAGGACGAGGGUGGAAAUGAAAGUGGUCAAGCUAUAUUUAGUUAUGAACAGCUGAAGGCUAAAUCUGACAACCCUGUCACCGGGAUUGAUUUUAAGCGGCGAGAGGCCUAUCUAUCGGAUGAAGAAUUCAUGUCUGUACUUGGUAUGAAAAAAGAAGCAUUCUACAAGUUGCCUAAAUGGAAACAAGAUAUGCACAAAAGGAAAACCGAUCUCUUCUAGACCCUGCAUCGGAGAAACCAAAUGGCCUCUCGGUAUCUUCUUGUUGCAAUUCUCGACAUUCGUUCCCAUGUUUCUUGCCAGGGCAACCUACUUUUAUAGGUACAUAUUGCCUGGAUUGUGUAUGUAGCAUUUUUUCGUUUGCUUCUCUCAAUGACCAUAGCUCUUGGUAGUUUUAUUUUUUCGAUUAUGUGAUGCCUGCUUGAAGUUUGUUUUUUUUUCGAUUGGAAAUCAGCAGUCAGGUUGAUUCUUUGAUUUGAUCAGUGUAUCCGAGUUUGUGUUCAUUGAAGUCAUGUAUUUUGUUAAUUAAAGGGUGUAUACAUUAUGUUGUAACCUAUACAAAAAGGAAUAUAACAUUUGGGGUUUGCCAA